CAGUGUUGCCCAGCAUGCAGUUAGCAUGAAGCACGGAGAAGUGUAUGGCUAUGCACAUUAUAUGCAAAAGGAAUAUUACCUUCGUCGUACAACACAAUUCUUCUGGUAUGAUGUCAUCUGCAAGUAUUGGCCUUGGCUGUGUAAAAAUGAUGUAACCACAUCUCAAAAGAUGAAACCUGCUCUUUCCGUAAUGCAUGCCAAAGCACAUGCUUGGUAUUGCCAGGUUAUUUGGGGAGGGCGAUGGCAAGAUGGCGCUUCUGCAACAACAGGAGAGGAAGUAGAACAGAUUAACAGUCAUUUCUCGCGGUUAGGGUGCACUACCAAGCAUAUGUUACCUGAAGGACGAGAGGAAUUGCUGACUGAACAUGCACUGGAGUGGAAUAAAAGAAAAAUAACCAAACUGUCAAGUAUUCUUGCGAAAAGAUAUACAAAAGCUAAAGAUAAAACCGCCAUCAUGCAGAAAGAAUUAGAAAGCAUGUCAGAGAAACUUGAGUGUGAUCCAACAACAUUACAGAAAUGGAAAGAAGAUAUAUUUGACGCUGCUAAACUGGAUGAAAAAUCGAGAAAUAAAAGAUAUUCCAUAACUCCGGAGGAAAUGAAAUACAUAUGUCAUUUGCUCACAUUAGAUGUGUUAACGCCAAAAGAGAAGGCCUUGUUUGACGUUGCUGAAAAGAUUUAUAAGGAAAAAUCUAAACAGUUUCAGCCCAAGAUCUGUCGCAAUUAUUCCUUUGGUGAAGGUGUUUUAAAAAAUAAAUCUUUGGAAUAUUUGAGAUACAAUAUGGAAUUCCAUCAUAACGCGAUCUCUCAUCUGGCAUUUAACAUUGCAAAACUUGCAGAUUCUUCGAAGCAACGAAAUAAGUUAAGGAGAAAGAUCAGCAAAGAGAAAGAGAGUAUCCAUUCUUUGAUUUCAAAUUAUAAUCGAAUUGCAGACGAACCGCUAAGCAACAUAGAAGAAAUUUUAAAUGGAAAGUUUCCAUGGAAUUCUCGGAACGAGCCAGUUGAUGAGUUGCCUUUGGUAACGAGACGAUCUGUGGUGGAUAAGUUGAUGGAAAUUCAACGGUUUCAGGAGGAAAUCGAAGUUACUAAAAAGGAAAUGUUCCAAUACCUUGAAUAUUACACCAAGAAAUGCCUUCCGGCACUUUAUAGCGAACUUGCAAAAUUGGAAAACCUGCUGCAAGGUAAAAGUCGCAGCCAAUGUGGUGGUGAACAGCCUGUUCUUGCGGUGGAAAGUGCUGUGUGUGUGGCAAAAACCUAUUCUACAAGCUCAGUCAAAAGGACCAUUGUCAGAGGAAAGCUUGCCUUGGUUAACGAAGGAAUUAACUUUGCCAUGCAACAAUUAAGGCUUGGAAUCCAAUCUUUCUUGCCAGUUCUCGGUUUACAAUUGUCUGGAUUCCAGGACAUAAUUGAGUCGCACAAUGACAAUACUAAGCAAUCCUAUGAAGAUGUGGAGGAUGAGCUGGAAAGAGAUACAAAUUUUGAUAUGGAUAGUGAAACCGACAGUGACACUGAUAACGACAAUGAGAGUAUCUAUUCCGAAUGGGAGUUUGACACCUAAGAUGGUCGAUACGUCCCUAAUUAUUCGUGCUUGUUGUAAAAUGUUAUAAUUCGUAAAGUUAUUUUCUUCGCUUUAAAUCCUAAAAAGUCGUUAUAUUAUUUAAACACAACUUCUGAAUUCUGUACAAAAUCAACUUUGUUUCGUAAAGUUAAGGGCGUCCUGGAACAAUACCCUUUUG